ACCUCCAGCCUGCUCCCUCACUCUCCAAAUAGACGUUAAAGCACGCACGCACACACACGCGCACAGCAAUGGUCCUCCAUGUGGAGCUGGUCCUGGCAUCCCACGCCCUGAUAAGCCUCCUCAGUCUCCAGGGAGUAUGGGCCAUCAAGGCCGACCACAUGGGCUCCUACGGACCAGCCUUCUACCAGUCUUACGAUGCUUCUGGGCAGUUCACGCACGAAUUUGAUGGGGAGCAAAUUUUCUCUGUGGACCUGAAGAGCGGGGAGGUCGUGUGGCGUCUGCCGGGGUUUGGGGACACCCUGUACUCGGAAUUUCAGAGUGGCCUGAUCAGCAUUGCCAUGAUCAGAGCUCAUCUGGACAUCUUGGUGGAACGCUCCAACCGCACCAGAGCCGUCAGUGUGCCUCCCAGGGUGACCGUACUCCCCAAGUCUCGUGUGGAGCUGGGAAAACCCAAUGUCCUCAUCUGCAUCGUGGAUGACAUCUUCCCCCCUGUGAUCAAUGUCACCUGGCUGCGCAACAACCAGCCGGUCACUAAGGGAGUGGCCCAGACCAGCUUCUACUCCCAGCCUAACCACAGGUUCCGGAAGUUCCACUACCUGACCUUUGUGCCCUCGGUGGAAGACGUGUACGACUGCAGGGUGGAGCACUGGGGCCUGGACGCACCCCUUCUCCGGCACUGGGAGCCCCAGGUGCUUACCCCGCCUCCAGACACCACCGAGACCCUGGUCUGUGCCCUGGGCCUGGCCCUUGGCUUCAUGGGUUUCCUUCUGGGCACCGUUCUCAUCAUCACAGGCACGCGCCCGCCCAGUGUCAGCAGGUAACUACUCCUCUGAGAGAAACCCCCGUGGAAUCCCGGCGAGCUUCUGGAAGCUUCCCCAUGCCCAGCUCCAGCCUCCUACAAUGUUGACCUCCAGCGGCACGAACCCCUCCUGUUCCUCAGGUCCCUCGUUUUCCGGCCCCCAGACUCCCAGCAGAACUUGUGGGGCACAGUCUCCUCCUGCCCCAGCGCUCUCCCAGCUCCCGAGUCAUCCAGACCUCUGGCGGCGGCCGCAGUAAAUUCUCUCUACGGUG